UUUGCCAUUGAUCAACACUUGCGGCGAGACGGCAUUGUCUGUGGCGCAUUCGCUUCGAUUAUUAUUUUUAAUUGUUUAUUUUUGAGUGCUACGCACAUUUAAGAGCUGUCUUUUUUUUUAUUUUAUUAGUAUUUUGUCGCUGUGAUUCAUUAUUGACCAUGUAUACGAUUGAUUUUGACUACGAAUUCAACACCGAUUACAAAUUCGUUGACCUAUAUGCUAUUGAACGGUUCAUUGUGCCGGCAAUACCGCAGGAUUUUGGAUAUGAGAGCUACAUACAGCGCAUUAACAACGUGCCCAGAAACUUUGAGAGGGACAACAACAACAACAAUCAAUGGAGGCGAUCGCUGUCGCCCUACGAAUGCUACUGGCUGGACAUAAGCAGACCCAAUAUGAUGACUAUGGAUAUAACCAAAACUGAACCCGGACUUGUCGGGCUAUCAUCCAAUCAACAGCAGCAGCAGCAGCAGCAGCAGCAGCAGCAGCAGCAAUCGGCACAGCAGCAACAACAAGCCGCAAACAUGAACAACAACGGUCAGAACAACAAUGGCAACAACAACAAUGGCCUCAGCAAUGGCAACUCUGUUAACAAUAACAACAACAACAACAACAACAAUGGCAACGUGCAAAGCAUCGCCGCCGCCGCGAACAACAAUAACAACAACAACAACAACGGCAGCCAACUGUGCGCCGGCUGUGGCAAGCACAUCCAGGACCGUUACCUGCUGCGCGCCCUGGACAUGCUGUGGCACGAGGAUUGCCUCAAGUGCGGCUGCUGCGAUUGCCGCCUCGGCGAGGUCGGCUCCACACUCUACACCAAGGGCAACCUGAUGCUCUGCAAGCGCGACUACUUGAGAUUAUUCGGCAACACGGGCUACUGUGCCGCCUGCAGCAAAGUCAUUCCAGCCUUCGAGAUGGUGAUGCGUGCACGCACCAAUGUUUAUCACCUGGAGUGCUUUGCAUGCCAGCAAUGCAAUCACAGAUUCUGCGUUGGCGAUCGCUUCUACCUGUGCGAGAACAAAAUACUCUGCGAAUACGAUUACGAGGAGCGUCUGGUGUUCGCCUCGAUGGCCAAUCAUCCAAUGCUGAAGCGGCAUGUGUCAUCCCUGGGCCAGGGCUCGCCAACUGGCGCAGCAGGCGCCGCUGGCGCUGCCGGCGGACUGCUGGGCGGCGGACCGGUCGGCGUUACGGGCGGCGCCAAUGUGAAUGGCGGCGGCGGCGGCGGCAUGGUCAACGGGCCGCGCACACCCGGCGAUCACAACAACAACAAUGGCCCACAGACCCCAACUGGCGGCGGUGGCGGCGGCGGCGGCGUGGGCUCACCAUUUGCGGCCGCCGCAGCGGCAGCUGCCGCCGCGCACAUGAAGAAUCAGCUGGGGGCGUCCAGCUAAAAUAAAGCCAUGGGCAUGAGCGGCAGCGGCGGCGGCAGCGGCAGCGGCAGUUCUGGUCAGCAGUUCUA